AUAAGCGAGAGGAGAGAGGAAGGUAAAGAAGGAGGGAGGAGAGGAAGGUAAAAGGAGGGAGGGAGGGAGCGGAAUUAGUCAGUGAUAGAGGGGAGGAGAGGAGGCGAGGCGGCGGGUUGUUCUGCCGAGGUGGACGUGGCGGGUCCGGCGGAGGGAGCUACAAGUGACGGCCGAGCGGAGCCGAGCCAUGAAACGGACAGCGACCCGGACCCCCCGCAGGCUGGUCUAAGUCAGGUUGUGGUGCUGACAUCGGAAGGACGAUUGUUGGAUUCCCGGAAGAGAUACUCAGGGAAACGUCCCCUACCUCUAAGCCUGUCCCCUCUCAGGACAGGUACACUUACUCGAAGCAGGGAGAGAGGACGUACUUGUGGACUAGGAGGAGGAGGAGGAGGGGGAGGAGGAGUGUUGUUCCAGAUCGAGGUGAGGAGGGUUAGCUCCGCCCCCCACCAUGACAGACUUAGAGAGUGAGUGUUUAAGCCUCGGCAUGCCCCCUGAAUGCGGCUCCCCUCCGCCGCCUCUUGACACCUCCCUGCAGGUGGACUGUGGCUCAGGGACCACCUCCUCUGACUCGACGCCCACCAUGGCCCUCAUGUCCUCCGACUGCCCCACCCCCACACUAAGCUCGCUGGCGGCGGAGAUCGCCGAGCCACUCGUGAUGCUGCCGUGCGUGAAGAGCGAGCCAGAGGACGGAGACCUGGAACCCAUCCGGACCGUGGACCUCUCCGAGAUCCAGCCGCUGUCCACUGCUGAGCUGGGCCAUGACCAGAUCAAGAUGGAGAUCAGCGGCCUCGACUACAUCAAGUCGGAGCAUCACUGUCACCACGACAACCCCCACCUGGGCCAUUUCCACCACACUGAUGUCGCAGAGCUGGACUACAAGUCGCACUACGAGCCGAGCUCUGUGUUCGACUACAUCUCUCAGGUGACGGACACACUCGAGUACAUUAAGUCGGACCACCAUGUGGACCUGCAGUGUUACUACACUGAGCUGGGCUCCCUGAAGUGUGAAUACCCCGAGGCCAGCAUCAUGUCCGGCCCGCACAACGCGCUCGAGUCCAUCCACAUGGCCGAGCUCCGCACCGAGCUCAACAAGCUGCGGCCCGACGCGCUACUCCUGGACGGCAUGGGCAAAUCGGACCCUGAGCUCGGAGGUGGGGUUCUGUACGAGCUGCAGCCAGCACAGGACAGGAAGACUGCAGCUGAGGGGAGCGGAGGUGCUGUGCCUACAACCAAAACACAGAACCCGACUGCGAGGAAACCUAGAAACAUGCUGGGCGAGAAGCCGUUCUCGUGCACGCAGUGUGGCAAGAACUUCAGCACGCUGGGAAACCUGAAGACGCACCAACGCAUCCACACCGGGGAGCGACCCUACACCUGCUCGCAGUGCGGCAAGAGCUUCGGCCAGGCCGGGAACCUCAAACGCCACCAGCUCAUCCACACGGGCCAGAAGCCGUACGUUUGCGCUCACUGCCCCAAAGGCUUCACCAAAGCGGAUGACCUGCGCUCGCACCAGCGCCUGCACACCGGCGAGCGUCCCUUCAUCUGCGUCACCUGCGGAAAGAGCUUCGGCCAGUCCAAAGAGCUGAAGGCUCACCAGCUGAGCCACACGGGCGAGCGGCCGUUCUGCUGCCAGCACUGCGGCAAGAGCUUCAGCAAGGAGUCCAGCUACCAGAACCACGUGCAGAUCCACACAGGCGAGAAGCCCUUCACCUGCUCGCAGUGCGGAAAGACAUUCAGCAACUCGGGCGUCUUAAAGACCCACGAGAAGAUCCACUCGGGCGAGCGGCCGUUUGGCUGCACGCAGUGUGGGAAGAGCUUCGGCCGCCUCGGACACCUGAAGGCCCACCAGCAGAUCCACACGGGGGAGCGGCCGUACGCCUGCCCCCACUGUGGGAAGACUUUCAGCCAGUCAGGUCACCUAAAAGCUCACGAGCAGAUCCACAAGCGGGAGCGCGUGGACACGGCGAGUAGCAGCAGCAGCAGCAGCAGCGUGGGCAGCGACAGCAGCUAAAAGCGACUCAAACACCCUUUAACCUCGCGCAAAAACACAAAGUAUUAUUCCUCUUUUUUUAUAAAAAACAUAUAUUACCUUUCCUUAUCAAACUUUUCUUACAUUUUCAUACCUUUUGUGCUCUUUUUAUCUGUGGGCAGGGCGACUCUGACUCAUUUGCUCUUAUGCAAGUGUCUCUGUGUGUGUGUGUGCGUGUGUGUGUGUGUGCGUGCGUGUUGUGGUCGUGUGUGUAUGGGUGUAGAUACUCUGUAAACUGGUCUGAGUGUUGAGUCCAGGUCCCAGGACUUACUUUGGAGUACUUAAUGAUACACAAGCACAAAUACUGCAGUACCCCAGUCUGAGUACUUCUUAAGUUUUUUUUUUUACUGAAACAGACCAGCAGCUCCGGACUGACCAGGACCCUGUUCACUGAAAACACAGCUUUUGUUUAUUUUUUUUUACUGUUCCGAGAGCAGUAUUGGACAGAAAGUACUUCAGAGAGAGUACUUGUACGUGCACGUACACUUCAGAGUCAAGUUCUGUGUGUUACUGUAAAUCUGAGUUAAUCGGUCGCAGAGUGUGAACAACACAGCAGAAGAAAUGUUUUACGGUGAAAUCAGAAUUCAGCUCGUCACUUCAGGUGUCUGUUUCUCACCUGGAUCAAAUCCGGAGGAGAUUCUGCACACAAACAAAUCUGAUGACAAUCUAUAUUUUAUUCCUGUGACUGAUUUGAAUGAGGGUCGGUCCUGCUCCAGUCCAGAGGAGACGCUGAUUUAAACUGAGAUUUGGAAGUUAAAGAAUCAGCUAAUCUAUCAUAGCUGAGUUUUUUCAUUUCAUUUGAACACAAACACUCAAAGUUAAGGCUUGAUUAAUCACAGUAUUUCUCUGUGAUGCUUUUGUUUUCCAGCUUUAAUGGAUAAAAAGGGACAUCAGAGGUAAAAAAAAAAUUAUCACCGUGUCAGUGAUUUUAUUUUAUUUUUUAAACACCAAUGCUCUAAUUGUGUCUUGUUUUAUAAACCCAGCAAACCUCUCAAUUUUUUCUAUGGUGCAUUAUGACCAUGCAAGCCACGAAGAUUCAGGCAGAUUUAUCUUCUGUACGGCACAACAAAAACUCCAUCAUCAUUUAGUCCUUCAUUUAAAUUCUAAUACAAAAUCUGGAUUUGUCGUUUGUCUGAGAUGCUAUUUGGUUAGAUUGUCUAAAAGUAUUUCUGUCUCCAAUGAGGGUUUUAGUUAGCUUUAGCGAACGACUACAAAUCAAAGCACAGAUGGUAUUAACAUUCAUUAAUGUAAUUAUUUUUUAAGCCUGAGUUCUGUCAAACGGCAGCUGGUUGAAAAUGUGUUUGAGAUUAAAAAAAACAAAAAAAAAAACAUGCAGGUUGCUACUUUCUGAAUCCGAAAUAAUGCUUUCAGAAUCUGAUCUCCCUCCAUGAGAUCAAAACUCAUCUUUGCCUUUACACGUGUUUGGUAAGCAGGGUCCUGGUUUAUAUUCCUCAGUGUAAGUGUUAAAGUACUCCGGAGUACUUUUCAAUCUUUGCCAAGCGUAAGUGAGUACUUAUUUUGGAGUACUUGCUGCCAAUUUUGUAGUAUUUCCUUACAGGUAUGGGUACUUGCAGGUGUACACUCUUGUUACUGUACUGUAAAAAUAUCUGAUGAUAUCAUUUAGAUAUAUCUUUUCAACCAGUAUUGAUUGAUUGAUUAAUCAGGACACAUUAUCUUUUUUGUUGUUGAUGAUGAUAAUCUGCUGAUGACAUUCCUUCAAAUCAUUCCAGUUACAUGAUGAACUCCAACAGGACCAAACACAUCAGCGACCCCCCCCCCCCCCUUCAGAUCGCUCACUGUGUACAAAUCUUCUAUUGAUAACGUCAUUCCUAAAAAAAAAAACUUUGAAAUAUGAAAAAAAAAAAAAAUACUGCAGCAAAAAAGAACAAAUUGAUGCAGCAUCUUGUACUGGAAACAGAAUUAUUAAAGAAACUAAUGACA